GCGGAAUGUGGUACCUUGCUGCCUUUUGUUUAACUAACACCCGAGGCCACUAACUCUCUCCCUCCUUAUUUCCUUCUUAGUUUAAUUUCCUACCCACCUUUGUUUUCCCAGAAAUCACACCCAAUCUCUCUUUCAAUUCUCUCUCCUCAUUCCCAGAAAAAUUAAGAUGGAGCAGAAACUUCAACCUCAACCUAAACCACAACCACAAACUCAACAAAAUUUCUCACAAAAAUCACCAAAAAAGCUUCAAGACAAAUUCCCAAACCUUAAACCAAACCACAUCAAGAAAGCAGCAGUAUGGGAUUGCGGAAGCACUCUCUACGACUCGUUCGAGCUCAACUCGUUCCAAAAGCAACUCGACUCAGCUAUCAUCAACUCCUCUCGGACUCACUCCAUGCCUCGUCUUCCGUCCGAAGAACGCCGCGCACCACCACUACCACCACCACCGUCGAAGAAGCCGUUAGCUUCGAAAGUGUCUAGAUCCUUCCAGAAGCUUCUACGGUCUGUUUUUAGAACUCAUAAGCAGCCCAAUCAUUUAAAGCCCGAGUACGAUAAUAGUCGUAUUAGCAGCCCUGAUCCAUGGUUUAUGGAUCAUUAUGAUGAUGAUGAUCAGGUCCUAGAAAAAGGCAAAAUGGUUGAUGGUGGUAGGUAUUUUGUUGUUUAUGAAAAGCCCAAUGGGCUUUCUUCUAUUCCUGAAGUUCCGGAAGUUGGUUUUUCGCCUGAUAUUAGUUCGUUGGUUAGGAAAACGAUGUCGGCUCGUUUCACCACUCCUCCUGAUCUUAUGGUAAAAUGAAGUGCCCUAUCAGUUCGAAACUCUGUUUGGAUUAAUUCAAAUAGAUACUAAGUCAAGAUAUUGUUUGGUUAAAGUAAAUUUGUAUUAUGUUUGUUAUAUUAUGAACAGUUACUAUUAAUGGAUCGUGUACAACUAGCUAAUCAAAAAUCGUAUUUACGGUCGUGUUAAAAUAGUUGUAUCUAGAUUAAUAAUGUAUUAACGUUUGUGAAUCACGGAAUAAUACGGAUCGAAUAUGUUAGUUGUAUCUA